AGCAUUCCCACUGCUAAACACUAGUCCUGCCUGGUUUACGUGUGUUUGAGUAGAUAGAACGCAAUGGCCUCCGCCGGUCUCCAGAUUCUGGGCAUUGCCCUGGCUAUCAUCGGUUGGAUCGGUGACAUCAUAAUCUGCGCGCUCCCCAUGUGGAAGGUGACUGCUUUCAUCGGCAAUAACAUCGUAACCUCGCAGAUCUUCUGGGAGGGCCUGUGGAUGAACUGUGUGCUCCAGAGCACGGGCCAGAUGCAGUGUAAGGUCUACGACUCCAUGCUGGCCUUACCUCAGGACCUCCAGGCCGCCAGGGCUCUAGUCGUCAUCUCCAUCCUCGUGGCCGUGAUCGGCAUCCUGCUCUCCAUUGCUGGGGGGAAGUGCACAAACUGCAUCAAUGACGAGGCGGCCAAGUCCAAGGUGGCCAUCGCAUCCGGUGUGUUCUUCCAGGUCGCCGGCAUCCUCUGUCUGAUCCCGGUGUCUUGGUCCGCCAACACCGUCAUCAGGGACUUCUACAACCCGCUUCUCGCUGACUCGCAGAGGAGAGAGCUGGGCGCGUCGCUGUUCAUCGGAUGGGGCUCUGCUGGCCUGAUGCUCAUCGGGGGCGCACUUCUCUGCUGCCAGUGCCCCCAGCGCAAGGAGGGUGGGUACUCUGCCAAAUAUUCCGCCCCGCGCUCUGCCGCCAGUGGCGCGGCCUACGUCUGACAAGACGGAACCCUGAAGUUGUCUUAACUGGAGACUGAUGUAGUAGAAAUUAUUAUGCAUUUAUGUGAAUCUCUUCGCUUAACUGCAGUGCACCAUGGAAAUUCGAGUGGGAAUUCGAAUAGUUUUUUUCAUGACAUGUUUUAACGAUUUAUUGCUUUAAUAAAUGAUCUUUCUUGUUGAAUUCA